AUGCAGGGCCAGCUGUCGUAUGACAAACCCAAGGGCCUGGCGGCGCUGCUACUGCCCAUCCUAUGCCCCCCUACGGACUUUGUUGACAUGCAGAAGUUGACCAAGCUUCUUAUUCGCAUCGCGGCGUCCGCGUCCUAUUGGGUUGUUACAUUGUCGUUCAUUGUAGUUCCGGCGUGGUUAUGGCUGCUACGCCACGAGCUACUGCAGGAUCACCGAGGCGAUGCGGCUGCAGUGCUUGCCCUAGGUCUUGUCAUCUUGGGGGCAGCGGACUGGAUUUGCAGCGCCGCUGCAUGCGCCGCGAAUGCCCGCAGCGUUGGCGUCUUUACAGCCGGCACCAUCUCGGCAAGUCAGCUGUUGCCGACCGGGGGCACAGGCAGGUUUGCCCAGGGCACCAGGUCUCCGAGCGCCCUUCCCGCUUUGGGGCCCGCAAGCAAGCCUGCGGGAGGCUUAGCUGGGGCUAGCGCGCCAGCGCCAUACGCUUCCUCCCUGGCUAAUGAUCUCCCUGGCGGCGGCAGCCGUGUGGCCGCCUCCAGCGCGGCUCGUAGCAGCCAACAAACCACCGGCGUAAACGGCUCCGUAGGCUCCCAAGGCCCCUUGGACCCUCUUGUCCGACAAGUGAAGCAGCGGAUUAUUAAGCUGGAAAAGAUAUUGUUUGGCAACGACCUGACAGAGGCGGACAUCAGCCCGGACGCGCUGAGCAGCCGGGUGCGGUUGUUGUGCACGGAGGUGGGCGUGCCGUUCGGUGGGCCGGGUGGGAGCAGCACACGGCUCUCCACUUCGGAGCUGGACCACCAGCUGAAAGCGGUUGAGAGCGCCCUAGGGGUAAUGUAA